CAAGUGGCGGUGCCUCGCGACGGUCCCACUGCCAUAACUGCCAGAUAAAAAAACAUUCCGCCGUACGCAGUGGACGUAUGAGGUAAUGUGAAUUUGUUUUUUAAGUGAAGUGUUUGUGUUGGUGUUGUGUUGUUGGAUUUUGAAAAUCGAAUUCAAAUUCGUGUAAGGUGUAGAAGAGUGUCAUUAUGGACGACACAGAAGCGCAAGCACAAGCCCACAAGCUUCUGGGACAGAAGCAGGCAGCACCACACAAACAAGACAGCGGAUACAUCAGAACUUUAAGAUCAUGUUGCGUCAUCCCCCAGCGAUACAUUCUUGGCGUAGUGGGAUUGCUCGGCGUGUGUAAUGCGUAUACCAUGCGCGUUUGCCUUAACCUUGCCAUCACUCAGAUGGUGAACCUAAAGAAGAAAAACAGCACACACUUCGAUCCCUACGCUUGCCCCAGCGAUGUUAUCGUCGGGAACCAUACUGACGUCAUUAUUAAACCAUACGCCAUAUUCGACUGGGAUGAAAAGACUCAAGGGCUGAUCCUCAGCGGUUUCUACUAUGGUUACGCUGCAACACAAGUACCGGGAGGAUACUUGGCAGAGAAGUUCGGAGGCAAGUGGACCCUCGGGCUUGGUUUGCUUAGUACAGCUCUCUUUACUUUCCUGACUCCGGUGGUCAUCAGGGCUGGUGGUGCCACUUGGCUUUUCAUUCUUCGUGUGCUGCAGGGAAUGGGUGAGGGUCCAACGAUGCCAGCUCUGAUGAUCAUGUUGGCGCGAUGGGUGCCGCCUCACGAGAGAUCCUUCCAAGGCGCCUUGGUCUUCGGCGGAGCUCAGAUUGGCAACAUCUUCGGCUCUUUCAUGUCUGGCAUUCUAUUAGCAGAUGGAAGAGAUUGGGCAUAUGUAUUCUACUUCUUUGGUGGAUUUGGAAUUUUGUGGUUCUUGUUGUGGAGCGUUCUAUGCUACAGCACGCCGAACACACACCCCUACAUAUCCAAGAAGGAGUUGGCCUACUUGAACAAAACUGUUACUACCGCUGAGACUUCGAGUCUGAAAGACCCUGUGCUGAAAGUUAUUUUACGAUCAGCACCAGUUUGGGCUUUAGUCUGUGCUGCUGUCGGCCACGACUGGGGCUACUACACGAUGGUAACGGACCUGCCCAAGUACUCUCACGACGUGCUCAAAUUCAAUAUCGCCACCACAGGAACGUUGACCGCACUCCCUUACAUAGCUAUGUGGAUUUGCUCCUUCCUAUUUGGCUUCAUCUGCGAUUUCUGCAUCAAGAAAGGAUGGCACUCCAUUAAAACUGGAAGGAUUAUUCAUACUACUGUUGCCGCGACGGGUCCAGCUAUUUGCAUAAUCUUGGCUUCGUAUGCCGGCUGCGAUCGGACAGCUGCGAUGGUGUACUUCGUUCUAUCUAUGGCCCUCAUGGGAGGCUUCUACAGCGGAAUGAAGGUGAACGCGCUGGACCUGUCGCCCAACUAUGCAGGGUCAUUGACAUCUCUGGUCAACACCACGUCUACCUUCGCUGGAAUCGUCACGCCCUACCUGAUCGGCUUGUUGACACCUGAUUCAACGCUAGCUCAGUGGCGUGUGGCGUUUUGGGUUUGUUUCGCGGUACUGGUGGGCACCAACGUGGUGUACUGCAUCUGGGCGGACGGCAAGCAGCAGUGGUGGGACGACGUGCGCCAGUACGGGUACCCAGAUGGCUGGAAACAUGGCUCCCUCACUCGCGAGGAGCCCGUGCCUUCAGAAGAAUACAGACUUGCUGAACAAAAAGCUGGAUGAUUAUAAUAGUCCAAAAGUGCAACUAGUCAUGGAAUCACAAGAGUACAAGUGCCUUAUUAUUAUAGUGCCAGUGAGUUUAUCUACCAGACAUGGCCCUCGGAUACUGUCCAACAUAUUUUGAUCCUUAAAGGAUCGAAUACUUAAAAAAAUAUCAUAAACUGGUCAACUGGCAAUCAGACGUUAGUUGAAACAUUUGGAGGACAGUAGCUUAAUCAAUUAGGAUAUACGUUUCUAAGGGCCUAGCAUUUGUUGUUAAAAUCAUUUGUUUCCGUGAGAAUGUGUCUGUGGACUAGUUAUUGUUGUAUAUGAAUUACGUAGUGUUUGAGCAAAGAGGCCGUGUAACGCAAAUAUUAAAAUUUUUAGUUGGCAAUCCCAUAUAAUGGGUUAAUAUGUAUGACAUAAAAAUUGUUAUUCUAUAUGUGAUCGCAUAAUACAUAGAUGUAUACUUAAGUAUACCAUAGUAUAAAAACCACAUUCUGCAAAGAGAAUGAUAAAUAUUUAUAUCCACGCUUUCAGGCGGUCUGCUCCGGACUGCUUUAAAUUAUAGUCCGAAUUAAAUGGGACCAAAUGUGUUCAUUGAAAAGAUUGUUCAUUCCGUUGAAUUAGUUAUAUGAAAUUGUUAUACCAGCCAUAGUAGUUAAGUACUACACACGCUCCGAGAAAUCGGUACGAUAAAACGGAUCCGAUAAAAUCGUAUCGGAAUCUCACCACUCAUUAGGGAAUACAAAAUUGAACACUUGUUACUACGCGAUACGAUUUACUGGUACGAUUAUAAUCAGUCACAUCGUACAGAUUUGUCGAAUCGUGUGUAGUCUGUAUAGAAUUAGUGACGUAGCUUUAUUCGGUUAAAUUGUUCGUAGUUAAUAUUAUUGGAUCUUUAAUACUUAUUCUAAACUAAUACCUCACGAAGGAGACUGUAUCUGUUUUUUUUUCUAUAAUCAACUAAUACCAUAAAAUACCGCUUGACAAAAUCUACUUUAAAUGACAAAUAGCCAGAGGUCCAAAAACAUCAAGUUUUUUUAUAUUAAAGUUGGUAAUUAGCUAGUAAAUCGCGUGAUUAGUGAGUUGAUCCAUAUGACCAUACUUCUAAAUAAAGACUUGUAAUGCCCUUAAAAUAACCACUUAUCAGCCAUUCCUAUUUUCCGACUUACAAAUCUAUUACAUUUACAUUAAAUCUCAAACAUUCCGCCACAAUUCUCAUAAUUUAAUCUCCUGACAUUUCGCAACCAUUAUCGAAUAUUGGAGUUGCGACAAAUGUCGAUAGUUCCCAGUUGUAACUAGGACAGUCGUGUCGUAAGCGAGCGUUUACGAAAUACUUAUCCGGGCGUGUAUUCUUUAUUACAUUAGAUUCUGUAUGUUUUAUCGCACAAUGUCAUAUCAUGUUAUAUUAGAUAAUGGACUCUUCCAUUCUCACAGUAUAAAAUACAUAGAAAUCAGCUUAAGACAUCUUUCAAAAUAUGAAUCUUAGGGCUAUCUCAAUAGCUUCAACUCAAUUUCGCUCUCAAGUUAUAUAGCUAAGACGCAGUUGUAAUCAGCAGCUCAAGGUCACUAUUUAAUAAUAGAUAUCAACAACAUCUCAAAGGAUAUCUUAAUAUGUUAAGGGGCAGCAUAUGGCGGAUUUUGACAGCUGACUUUUGUUUAUUUAACAGCGGCGUUUCAGCUAAGAACAAGUUCUUAAAUGACAGCUUAAGCUUUGAUAAUUAUUAAACAGUUCCAUAUACAUAAUAUAAAUGUCUACUUGAGAUUCUACACAAGAGUGAGAUUUAUUAAUCAAUACGUUACUUAAUCUUCGAUCCGAUCUCGCGUGUAAACGAAUCAAAAGUCAUUUGUAGCAUAUCUAACAGCCGUCUUCAAUAAACGAUCUCAAUGUCUUUUUUCAAUCUAAUCUCAAAAAAUAACCAGUCAAGACAAAAUUUUGACAUGCUUCCAAAUGAGUUAUUUUGAUUAGUUCAUUCUUGGAAUUGGAUUGAAGAUUGAGAUUGGGAUCGUUUAUUGAAAACUGUAAAAGAACUUUGGUUUGGUCCAUUUUUGUUUAAUCAAAAUAAGCUAUUGGAAUUGUUUGUGGAAA